AUGAUAAUAAGAAUCGAGGAGAAGUAUGCAAGCAGUUCUGUUCGAGAGUGGUUUGGUUGCCUAAAGUCUGAUGAAGAUGUUCUAGAAGAAGAUGAAAAAGUAAGCAAUGGACUACCGGAAUACAGAAUAGAAAUAAAAGAAAAUGGCGAAGGAAAUGAUGCUACUAUUUCUGUGGGAAAGCUUAACAUAAAACACAAAGUGGCAUUGGAUGUGCUUGAGGACACCCUGAUAGAGGUUGUUGGGUCUCUUCUUGGAUAUGAACAGACCAUUCUUUAUGGGUUUACUGUUAAAGACUCCAGUGGGACUAAAAUGAAACCGGUUGUCCCAAUCUUCUUUAAAUCAACUCUUGGAGUUCAAAUUCCAAAAAGACUAGGAUACUUGAAAAGUGACAACUCUGGCAUGCCGGAGGUAGAUGAGGGAAUGAUGAUUCCGUUUGUAUCAAUUAGCCCUAUUAUCAAAUCUGUAUUGACUUCUGGGACCUUAAGAUUCUCAGCAGAAAACGUGAAAGUUUUAUUGGCGCCUUACAACGGAUCUAUGUUUAUGAUCCCAAACACAGCCAAUAUAAUCCCUAUGGUCCGUGGCAUGCGGUCUAGAGAAGACAUGGGGGUGUUUCUUAAACUCCUUAGGAGCUUUCCAUUCAAGUUUGUCGAAACCUUCAUAAAAGCAUAUCAGCAGCCUUCUUCUGUUACGGUUAAUAGAGAGCUAAGCAAUUGCUUCUCCGAAUUCCAAAACAACCUUACAAAGCUUGACAUAAAGUGCAUAUACAAAAUAGUGUCGAGCGCCCCUGUGUUUCUUGAUGCUCGAGAUAAGAUCACUGAGAGGGUUGAGAAGUUUUAUGUCUACAAUGCAAGGGGGUUCAAAAGGAAAAAAGGUCAAUAUCUUAAGUGUAGAGAGGAACUUUACAUUGAUAGGUGCCCCAUUGGAUCUUUGAAGAGAUAUUUCAGGGACCUUUGA